GUAUCGCAGUUGGGGUAUAUCUUGCACCGAAGCCUCUCGAAAAAGAGUUUCUAGUUUAGAAUUAUUAUAAUAGAGAAUUUAAUGAGACUAGAGAAAAGUGUUCACAGUGAUUGAUUUGAUUGAUAUAUGCAGCAGGUUGAAGUAAUUAUUUGCAAAUUUUAAAUUACGGUUGUGACCUACUUGGUAGAUUCUUUACAUUUACCUACAUACAGUUCGUUUUAUUAACAAAAAUCACACAACACUUUUAUCUAUUAGUAUGAUAUCUGUUUUAAAAAACCUAAACAUUUACUAUGUUACACGUGCGGGUAACCUUGCGAAACAUCUAGUUCUUUUUGAUUUACUAUGGAGCUACAGGAAGGAGAUCAAGAUAUGCACUUAUUCGUUCUUUUUCUGCUACGUCUUGUAUAAAAACUCAGAAAUAUUUUACAAUUCUGAGUGUUUAAUAGAGAUGCCUGCUGACGCUUCAAAAAUAUUCCGGGAACCAGAAAAUUGCGAUUUCUGCAAAAACGUCACUCACGUUACAAAAGUUUCCAGAAUAUCUCCAGAAGACUUUUACGAACUAUAUAACAAACCUGCUAUGCCAGUUGUUAUAAUUGAUGCCGUUGAAGAUUGGCCAGCAUCAAAAACUUUCAAUUUCCAAUUUUUUAAAAGUCUAUACGAAAAUGUUCGACCUGAUGAAGGCGUUAGAAGAAACUGCCAGUUCUUUCCUUACAAGACGGAGUUUAAAAGUUUAUCGGACGUGUUUAAAAUGUCCAAAAGUAGAGCCGAUAUGGUACCAGGAGAGAAACCUUGGUAUGUGGGGUGGAAUAACUGCAACGACAACGCUGGGAAAAUUUUGAGGGAGUACUAUUCCAAGCCGUAUUUUCUUGGAAACCAUUCUGAGAAUAUAGCAAUGAGCUGGAUUUUUAUGGGAGGACCGGGAUACGGAGCGCAGAUGCACAUCGACAACGUACACUAUCCAUCGUGGCAAGCCCAAUUGAGUGGAAGAAAGUUAUGGAAGUUGGCACCUCCACCAGAAUGUUGGCAUUCCUGUAGACGAAUGGAAGUUGAAGUAAAAACUGGAGAAAUAAUUGCAGUUGACACUAAUCGUUGGUACCACCAGACAAUUGUUCAGCCAGGGGAAAUCAGCAUAACUAUUGGAUCAGAAUUUGAUUAAUGUAUUCGUUAAUUUAAGAUAGAUGACAGGUGAUCAUUUGUUUAUUUUCGUUGUAAAUAAAUACGAUAGUAGAUGAUA